GUUCAUAUUCAUACAUCUUUUUAAAAAAAUAAUUAAGGUAACAUGAAAUCACAAUAAAAAGAAUAUAUUGUAAGCUAAUUAUCAAUCUAUGAAGAAUACAAUGUAUAAAUAAAUUUUUCUUUUAUUCAAACAUUACACAAUAGUUGAAUUGAUUUCAAAUUUACCACCAUCACAACCACCACGACCACCUACAACAACAAGAACAACAACAAAGUAAAAGAAUAAUGAAUACACCAUCAGGGAUAAACUAUUUAAAAAAUGGCAAUAAUUUUUUAAACUCUAUUUAUGGUUCAACAAAUAAUUCCUUCAUUCAUUCAGAUCAAACAAUAAUUGAUUCAUAUAUGAAACCAAAUAGUCUAUCAAAAUCUGUUCAUCAUUUUUAUGAUUUUCAUGAAUUUAAUAAUUCUAAAGGAUAUUUUAAUGUUUCUAAUAAUUAUCUAUUAAAUAAUAAUAAUAAUAAUAAUAAUAAUCCAAUUGAACAUAGAAAUUCCUUAACAUCCAUGGUUAAAAAUGUAAUAAUGAAUGUACCAAAUGAUAAUUUAUGCCUUUUAACAACCAAUGAGGAUAAUCAAUUAAAAAAUAAUAUUAAUAAAUGGGAAAUUGAUUGUAAUUAUAAUUUAAAGGAUUAUCAUAAUAAAACUGAUUCAAUAUACAAUUAUAAAACAACAAUAACCAAUGAUCAUAGUAAGUUAUUAUUGAUUAAUCUUAUGUGGGAUACAAUUGAAAAUCAAAGAAGAAGAAGAAUAAACCGAUUAAAUCUUAGUAUAGAAAUUCUAAACAGAUUGUAUUCAUUAUCAUAUCAGGAAUUGAUUUCAGAACUUUAA